GCGCUGUACACACGUGAGUAGAAGAUGCCGGUGGAUACCAAACGAGUCCGUGGACCUGAGUUAUCUCAGUCUCCGUUGUUAUUUCUUCCUGCGAGCGCACAAAUUAGCGAAGUAAGCAGCAGGAAAGGGGAUCGGGGUAACGCCGAUGUUCGGUCAGUGUUCGCGCGCUGUGGGCUGGUGAGCCAGGCUAAAGGCUCUGCCUACCUUGAGGCCGGCAAUACAAAGAUCGUGUGUGCAGUGUACGGUCCGCGAGAAACCGAGCGCAAAGACGAUACUGACAUGAAGUGCGGCCGCCUCGUGUGCGAUUUCAGACUUGCGCCGUUCUCUAGCCCGAAGCGCGGCGCGUGGAUCCAGGGCAACGAAGAACGGGAUUUGUCCUUAUCGUUGCUGGAGAGCAUGCAGCCCGGUGUUUGCCUGCACCGUUACCCGCGUUCUCAAAUCGAGGUCAACGUUAUGGUGCUGGAAAACGACGGCUCGGUCCUGUCGCAUGCAGUCACUUGCGCUUCCAUGGCAUUGGUGGACGCCGGUAUCGAGAUGUACGACAUGGUGCUGGGCUGCGCGUUAAGACAGAACAGUGAUUCGUUCUUCUUGGACCCCGAUUUAUCGGAGGACCAAGGAAACUGGCAGACAGGUUACAAUGAACAACAGGGACGUGUUACGGUGGCACUUCUCCCGAACCUCAACCAAAUUUCUGGUCUUCAUGCGGAAGGCGAGAUGCGAGAGGACACGCUGACUGCUGCAGUGACAACCUGCGUCGAGGGAUGCCAUAAACUAUACCCGGUGGUACAACAAGCUAUCCUGCGCGCUGUUAAGAGAAAAGCACCACCAUCUGAGAAAUGAGACUUAACAUAUUUUACUCAGGCUUUUUCUUAAAUAUCUUUCUACCAGACUGAGCGGCGUGAAUUACUUACUAAAAAGCAUUGCAAACUUUGUGCAUUUAGGUCAUCCAUGGAUUGACACUAAACUGAAAAUCCAUAAAUGUUUAUUCAUUCUCUAGCACAAAAAACAUUGUGUUCAUACUCCUCCACAUAUUGUCAUUUCUAGAUAAUGACAUAACUGGUUAGUUGAAGUUGGGUCUAAAAAUGAGUUUUUACUUUAAUCAGGGACUUAAUGAAUCAUUAUUCAUGAUAUUAUGAAAAUAAAAGUUUAACAAAAA